AUGAAUGAUGUAGAUAUACUGNAUUUAGAUGAAUAUCCGCGAGGAAAACGUAUUUGGAAACGGCGACAUUUGUGUGAUUCACUUAGCGAAGAUAUCUUCUUGAUUCGUUCGUCAUGUACAACUGAUAAUCCACAUUCAUUUCUUCUCGGUUUACUCAUUGUUGAAUGGAACGGAACAUGGCGUGUUGAUAUUUUCUCUUCGUCGAUACAGAAACUUCACACAGGUUUUCGUUUUAGUGGCUGGACACGUGAUGUGUGGCUUUCCGAUUGGUCGCCUUACGAAUGUUGGUUUGUUGGAAGUCGAUGUCGUUUGAUGAUCGAUUCGAAAGGACAACCGAAGAAUAUUUUAGUCGACGGGGUCGAUUGUGAUAUGAAAAACAUCACUUGGAUGAAACAGAUCGAUCAGAUCAAACUAAUGGUCAUACGAGAAGAAAAGUUUUUGAUAUUUUUCAAAUAA